GCCGGAGCGCUUUCACUGUAACACCGCUUGGCAGUCAUGUCAGUGAUGGAGUCUUAGGUGUCCACUGCUUGAGUAGUCUGCAUUUUGUUUUAAAUAACUCCUUCUGUGAUUUAAGGGGGAAAAGAUCACAAUAGUUGAAUCUUGAGUUCUGAGAGAAACCGAGGUAUUAGGUCUAAUAUCGGUUGAAUUUGAGGUAAAGGAAGUUUUUUACCGACUUCCCCCAAAGUAUUUUCUCUUGCCUGGUAGCUAACGUAAGGCUAGCUAAGUUGGUAUGACAAACCGAUAACCCACCAACUCGACUGAGGCUCGCUCGCACUUGCGUAGCGUUAGCUGGCUAAUGAUAGUGGCAGUGCUUAAGGUGCCCGGCGUUUGCUUGUUGCUAACGUUGCUAAAGUUUUGCUACUGCAGCUCAAGUAACGAGAAACGGAGCAUGCCAUGGCAUCAUUGUCAGAAGAGGUGCUUUUGGUGGUGAAGAAGGUUCGCCAAAAGAAACAGGAUGGCACACUUUACCUGAUGGCCGAGCGUAUCGCCUGGGGCCCAGAAGGCAAAGACCGCUUCACUGUCAGCCACUUGUAUGCAGAUAUUCGUUGUCAGAAGAUCAGCCCAGAUGGUAAAGCCAAGAUCCAGCUACAGUUGGUCCUUCACACCGGUGAGAGCACUACAUUUCAUUUUGCCAACGAGAGCAGCGCGCUUAAAGACCGUGAAGCUGCCAAGGAGCUCCUGCAGCAACUUCUUCCCAAGUUCAAGAAGAAGGCUAACAAAGAGUUGGAAGAGAAAAAUAGGAUGUUGCAAGAAGAUCCAGUGCUUUUCCAGCUAUAUAAAGACCUGGUGGUGAGCCAGGUGAUCAGUGCUGAAGAAUUCUGGGCCAACCGGUUAAGCAUAAACAACACAGACCACUCAUUAUCCAACAACAAACAGGAAGUUGGUAUCUCUGCAGCCUUUCUGGCAGACAUACGACCGCAGACAGAUGGCUGCAAUGGCUUGAGGUACAAUCUGACUGCCGAUAUUAUUGAAUCCAUCUUCAGAACAUACCCUACAGUGAAACAGAAGUAUGGUGAAAACGUUCCUCAUAACCUGACUGAGAAGGAGUUCUGGACCCGCUUUUUCCAAUCCCAUUAUUUCCACAGAGACCGCAUCAACACAGGAACACAGGAUAUAUUCUCAGAGUGUGCCAAGCAGGAUGAAAAGGGCUUGAAAUCCAUGGUGGUUCAAGGAGUAAAGAAUCCUAUGGUCGAUCUCCUUUCGCUGGAGGAUAAAACAUUAGAUGAGGGCUAUGGAGUUAGCACAGCACCCUCAACUUCCAAUUCCAACAAGACGGUGAAAGAGAACAGCAAUUCGGCUAUUAUAAAGCGUUUCAACCAUCAUAGUGCCAUGGUGCUGGCAGCAGGCUCACGAAAGGGGGACACACCAACGGACCAAGCCAGUGAGACGAGCAGUACAGAUGGAAACUCGAGAGAUUCUGACUUCUUCCAGCCUCCUGUUAAGAAGGUCAAAUUACAAGAAUCCAUAGAAUAUGAGGAUCUGCAAAGGGAAAAUGGACCGAAAACAGUUGCUUUGAACCUCAAGAAAUCUGACAGGUAUGCUCAUGGUCCCGUGCCCCUCCAGUCCCAGCAGUAUACAACCAGCCAGGACAUCAUCAACUCUGUUAACUGCAUCCGACAUGAGAUGGCCAACUACAAACCCAACCUCACUCAGGUUUUGUCUAACAGCACAGCUAGUUCUGCCAUAGCAGCACUCUCUCCAGGCGGUGUCCUCAUGCAGGCAGGAGCACAGCAAGCCAUAAAUCAGAUGGUACCCAGUGAGGUUCAAGGAGAGUUGAAACAUCUUUACACAGCUGCUGGAGAGUUGUUGAGACACUUCUGGUCAUGUUUUCCAGUAAACACACCUUUCUUGGAGGAGAAGGUGGUGAAAAUGAGGUCAAAUCUAGAGAGAUUUCAGAUGACCAAGCUUUGUCCUUUUCAAGAAAAGAUCCAGCGUCAGUAUUUAAGUGCCAAUCUUACAGGGCACUUGGAGGAGAUGUUGCAGAUGGCUUAUAGCAAGUUCCAUGCCUGGCAAACCCGUCGAAUGUUGAGGAAAACCUGAAGUUUGACAAUUCAUCAAAGCGAGGAUAAGGAAGCGAUCAAAACGUGGACAAAUGGCCAGAGUAGGCCCACCAGACUGCUGUGAGAGAACACGAAAAACACAGCCUGACGGGACACGGUUCACAUGGGCUCAUGAUGAGGACACAGACGGAUGCUGCUACAUCCCCAAAUGUUCAACAGAGACUAACUGCAUCUCAGUCACAAAUAACUGUAAUUUGUUUCUUUCUCUUCUGUUUGCAUUUUCUCUGAUUGAGGGAAUGCCAGGGUUCCUAUAAUGGUUGACCAAGACUUUUAAAUGGUUUAAUAUGACCAAAUUUGAGAUGGAAAUCAGACGGAUACUCAGGAAAAGAGGCUGGGGUGUCAGAUGCAAGGACAGCUGGCAUUGUGAGAUGUUUCCAUCAAUGCACAGACAAAGACUUGCGACAGAGCUUGCAAAUGCAACAAGCCCUUCUGAGUGCUAUGCUGAUUCAGGGAGCAUCGUUCUAGGAAAUCUGGGGCAAAAUAGGGGAGUGACUAUAGCAAUACUGUAAAGACGUUUCACACUCUAGUGCAUUAGUCUGUGUGCGUGUGUGUGCGCGUGUGUGUGAGUGAGUGACACCCCCCCCCCCCCCCCCUCCCCAGUCACACGAACAUGGCACUAGUUUUAUGUCUGCACCUUCUGUCUGCACUGAAGACAAUGUUUCUCUGAAUUAAAGUGAAGCAUAAUGCUU